GCUUAGAGCGGCAUUCAGAAACGGGACUUGGACUCGGCGACGCGGCUUCUCGUUUCGUUUACAGUUUCGGCUUACAGUGGAGUCGGUUUUCGGUUUUCGGUUUCGGUGUCGGCGUCGGUGUCGGUUUUCGGAGUCGGUUUUUGUCGCGCCGCUUGAUCGGUUGCAACCUCAGCGGUUUUUAUCGGGUCUAUUGCAUUCGGGCGAAGCCGUGAUUGAUGGUCUGAACACAACGGACACGACAGUUGCCGCAUCGGUCUCGGUCAGUGCAGUCGCAACAGUUAGAGGCACACAGCUCCAUUGAACUCUGACCCCCCGUCUGACCAUUUGACAAUCGACAAGCAAUCAAAACAAUCGAAAGUGCAAUCAAAUAUUUUGUGUGUUUUUGAGAACAGAACGAACCUUUUGCGAACAAAUCACCGGGGAUUUUUAUAGCGGUCGAGCUACGAGGCUUUCCUUAUUUCCUAUUUCAAAAAAAACAUAACAAACAAAAACCAUUCAACGGAAAGAUAUAUCAAACAGAAAUACGGGGCAAACGAAGUUCAAUUUCGCCGCGCGGGUUUUAUUUGGGGGCUGUUUCUGCUGCCGCCUGUCGUCGUGUGCUUGGGCUUCAUAAAUUAUCCAAACAGAGCGCAUUUUUGAGAACGACUUGCAAAUAAAUAAGCAUUUACGCUUUUAUUAUUGCUACCCAAACCCAACCCCAGCCCCCCCGCUCUCGCUCUCGUUCUGUGUACGUGUGUGUGUGCAGCCGUAUCUGUGUGUGUGUUCCUUGGAAAUAGCUCCCAUGUGGCGCAACGCUAAAUAAAACCAAAGGAGAGCUCUCCGCCACUUAAAAUAUCAUUUUUUGCAUACAAUCAACAUACGAAGUAUCUACAAGAUAGAAGUGUCUGUGUGUGCGUGCGGGAUCUGCUUUGAUUUGUGUGUGCUGAUAAACGGAUGAGGCACUGUCCGCCGCAACAAAUAAAAUACAAAUAUAUCCAACGAAAAAAACCACAGAAAUACCAGCAUAAAGAUAUCAAACAGACAAUGUCAGACAAUCUUCAAGGCGACGCGACGUAUACUUAAUCUUUCAUCGUGUGGAGAGUGAAGGAACAACCAUGAAUUGCCUGUGUCGGCCAUCGCGGAUUAUGUCCGUACGCAUUAAUUUGCUGGAUGAAACCGAGUUUAUACACGAGAUCAAGGAUGAUUUGCCGGGCCAGGCUCUGCUGGAUGUCGUCUUUGCCAGGCUCAAUUUAAUCGAGACCUCAUACUUCGGCAUACGUUAUAUCGACGAGGAGAAUCAAACGCACUGGCUGGACCCUGCCUCACGCAUCUCCCGUCAACUGAAACCCAAAUCGGAUCCAUACGACUUGUAUUUCGGUGUGAAGUUCUAUGCUGCCGAUCCGUGCAAGCUCCUGGAGGAAAUCACCAGAUACCAACUUUUUCUGCAAGUCAAACAGGAUGUACUUCAGGGACGACUGCCAGUGGCCUUUGAACUGGCCGCCGAGCUGGGUGCCUUUGUGGUCCAAUCCGAGCUGGGAGACUACGAUCAGCGACGCCACUCCAAGGGCUACGUCUCCGAGUUCCGGCUGCUGCCCAACCAAAGCAACGAGCUGGAGACGCGAGUCUCGGAGCUGCACCAGCAGCUCAAGGGCAUGUCCCCAUCCAGUGCCGAGCUGAACUAUCUGGACAAAGUCAAAUGGCAUGAUAUGUACGGCGUGGAUUUGCAUCCCGUUUUGGGCGAGGACAGCGUGGAGUACUUCCUGGGGCUCACGCCGAGCGGGAUUGUCGUGCUGCGCAACAAGACGACGGUGGCUCAUUACUAUUGGCCGCGCAUUGCCAAAGUUUAUUAUAAAGGACGCUAUUUUAUGCUCAGGAUAAGCGAUAAAAAUAAUGAGCUCAGCACUUACGGCUUCGAGACGCCUCGCAAAUCGGCGUGCAAACACUUGUGGAGAUGCUGCGUGGAACACCAUGCGUUCUUCAGGCAGGUGCGCGUCGCCCCGCUGCCCAGCUCCCAGUCGCAUGCAACCGAUUUGUUCCAACUGGGAUCGCGCUUCAGGCACAGUCGCCCGGACAAGCAAACGGAGAAGGAUGCACUGGCCGCCGGACGAUCCCCGCCAGCCUUCACUCGCGUGCCCUCCAAGCGCCAGCCCAGACGCGUGAUUGAUGACUUUUUUAACAGCCACAAAGGAGGAGGCACCAACGGAGCAGGAGGAGGAGCCGGAGGUGGAGGUGGCGGAGCUCUUCUAGGCGGAGUCGUUGGCAACGGAGGAGUCGUCAGCGGUGCAGGAGGAGGCAUCAACAUGGGCAACAGGCCGCUGCCACAGCCAGGUCUGGGCAACAUCUCCAACAACUAUGACAGCCCCUACCGAUCCACGUAUAGCAUUCCCACCAGCCUGGGCAUCCGACCCUGCCACCAGCAGUCCCCCCAGCAGCAGCAGCAGCAACAGAACAACAAUUCCAGCAGCUACAACAACAACAGCGGUGGCAACCUCCAGACACCUGACUCGCCGCGAAGCACGCGCAGUGCCCCAUGGCCCAGGUCGCAGCAAAGAUCGCUCUUCGGCCACAAUCCCUCGAGUCCGCGGUCCGUGAGAUCGGCCAGCACGGCGCAUCAUCACCACCAUCAUGGGCACCACAGCCAUGGCCAUGGCACCAGCCACCAUCCCCACCAGCAGUCGUCCUCGUCGUCGCACCACCAGCGACAGCAGCGGGCCAGCUCCUCAUCCGCCUCGCAUCAGCAGCAGCGCUACAGGUCCAGCUCUGUGGAGAGUCACUCCUCGAAUGAUUCCAGAUCCACAAGAAGACACAAGCAUCGCCAUCGUCGCACCUCCGACAAUGAGAGUGAACUCUCGCGAGGCUCAGGUCGUUCGGGGCGAUCGGGUCGCUCGCAUCAUCGCAAGCACCGCCGCUCGCAUAGGCAUCGGCGGGACUCGGCCGGCGGGUCCGAUCAUGACAGCACCCGGGGACGCAGUUACUCCGGACAUCGCAGCUCCUCGAUGAGGAGUGGAAGUGCCGAGCUUAUCGACUCCACGACGCAGUGGCGAGAGGUGCAACGACGACAGGCGGAGGCCAGCCUUGGCCAGAGCUCCGUCCAGCAGGCGGCAGUCUCCAAGAGCAGCAUGGUGGCCCGCAGUCUGCACAGCAACGACAGCCACUCGGACACGCACUCGCACCACAAAUCAAGGAGGCAUCGCAAGAACAAAUCUCCUUCGGAGUCGCGCAGUCGCAUGUGGAACAGCGAGCUGGCCAAGCAUCUGCAGUUCGAUCUGGUGGACACCGAGGGCAUGUCGGAGCAGCAGCUACGGGAGAUCCCCUACACAGUGGUGGAGACCACCUCAAAGCGAUCCAACUCCAAUCUGAAGAUCCACAAGAGCAACAGCAAGAGCAGCGUGGGGGCCAAGAGCACGGGCUCCGGCAACACCAUAACCAAUGGCAGUGGCUCCGCCAGUGCCGGACAGGCGAGGAUUCGCGUAGAUCGCAUCAGAGGGCUCUAUUACCAAAGUUCGCAUCCGCAUGAGGGUAACGGCGGUGGCGCCGGCGCGGGAGGAAAUGCUCCCAAGAACGGAUCCAUACGAUCGGCCAGCACGAUAUCAUCUCGAGAAUGUGAACGCAACAAUGGACUGGUUAGAAUGAUGUCUAGCAUGAGCAUGGGUGACUUCAUCUCGCCCACUGGUUCGAAUCUGAGUCCAUUGGAGAACUCCGCUCUGCGUGUCUCACAUGAGCACACGGAUUCGGGUCUAGGUGCCGAUCAGGAUUAUGCCUACUCUUCAGAAAGGUCCAGUGACAGCACACGCUAUGGCACCAACAAAUCAUCGGGCGCCUCGAGCGGAUCCCAUCGAAAGUCGGGCGGCAGCGCCGGAGGCGGCACGAAUGGCGGCUACAACAGCCUCAUGCAACAGACUGUGAGUAAUCAACAGCAGCAGCAGCGCUCGCUGUUCGCCCAACAGCAGCGGCAACAGCAGCAGCAGCAACAGCAGAAGACCAAUUACAAAUACGCCUCCUCCUCAUCGACCACUAAUCCCACAAGCGGCGGUGCGGGCGGCCUGGCGCCGGUCCACAGUGCAUCCUCUUCCUCGGGCCAUGGUCACACGACUCCCAAUACCAAUCCCAAUUCCAAUUCCAACCCCAAUCCACAAACAAACGCAACUAACCCGAUGCAGUCGCCGGCGGCUGGCCACGCCAAUCGCCUGCUCCACUACACGACCUUUGAGAACAACCAGUACAAGUUCAGCCUGAACAAUGCCCUGGCCAGGGGCUCGGGAAUGGGAUCGGGAUCGAUGGCAGGUGCCUGCGUGGCCACCGGCGGCGGCAGCAGCAGCAAUCUCAUGGUAUCAACUGGUGGCGGAGGUGCUGGUGGGGGUGGUGGUGCUUUCAGCAGGCAACGCAGCUUCGUGGAAUGGCCCAGCAAUCCGGCGGCCCCGUACUACUAUCAGGGACCCUCGACGAGUGCGGCGCAGGUGAAGAGGCGCGACGCCAAGUCGGACAUUGGGGUCCCCACGCGACGUCUCUCCGGCCAGAGCAUAACCAAGACCCAGCUCCUGACGGGCGGGGGAGGCGGUGGCCAACUGGCCAAUGCCAGCUGCUAUCCGCUGCACUACGCCAGCAGCAGCGUCACCAGCUCGGGGCAUAGCCGUCCCCCGGGUCAGCGCUCUGGGCAGGCCACAGCAUCGGGCCGCUAUGGGAUGCAGCCGGCCAAGUCGGAUCUCUUCUUGUCCUACAUCCAUGGGGCUGAGUACGAGCGGCCCUACAUCUACAACUAUAAGAUGCCGCAAAUGCCAGCCGGGUCGGGGCCGGGUGCUGGCUCUGGAGCUGCGGCUGGUGCUGGUGGCGUUCCUGGGGGAUCGCCCAAGCAGCAGCCCACCGCAUAUCACAUCUCUGGCUCCCAGACAGCCGAUCCGCCGCCACCGCCACCGCCUCUGUACGGCGGUUCGGCGCCCGCCAACGAUGUCAUGUACUAUCAGUUUGACAAAGGAGCCGCUCCGUCAACGUCAACGCCGCCCAUUGUACAGCAGCCGCAGUCAAUGCAGUCGAUGCAGUCGAUGCAAUCGAUGGCAUCGAGGCAGCCAUCGUCUUCGUCGUCGUCGGUGGCUGCCGGUCCAUUAGUCUAUCUGCAACAUGGACAGAAUGUUGCCCCAUCGAAUGUCACCUCCACGCAGCAAACUAUACGGACGCACUCGUCGUCGCAUUCCUGCAGCGAGGAAGACGAGGCCAUGAUGGUGCUGGAGGCCAUGCAACAGGAUGCGGCACAGACCACCAAUGACGAGACAGAAGACACUGAUGACAUUUAUGAUGAUGAGGCAGCCGAGGCUGAGGAUAUGUUUGAUGCAGACGCACCUUUGAUGUCGCCAACCGGCAGCCACAACAGCACCAAUAACAAUACGUGCAACAACAACGCCAUCAACAAUAACAACAACAGCAACGGAAGGCAGUGCCACACAGUGCCGGCAGUGGCAGGAACACAGGCGGGCAAUAUUAAUUUCGAUAAUUGCAAUGCGAAUGUCUACAGUGGUCAACAGCAGCAGCAGCAGCAGCUAGGCCCAAUUACCACAGCAAACCAAACGUUAAAUUGUCCCACACAGAACGCAAAUACAAACACCAAUAUAAAUACGAAUGUCAAGUCCAGUAGCAAUACCAAUCCCACUACCAAUACCAGUACCAUUGCGAAUGCUCCAACUAGCGGUCCCCCGUCCAACGUAGCUGCCCCAAGCACCUCGACAACAACAACAGCAGCGGCAGCAACACCAGCAGCAGCAGCAUCAUCAUCGGCAACAACAACUCUAACGAACUUGCACUCGAAUUUACAACAAAAUCAAAACAUUUCCUCCAGCUUAGAGAUAAUCCUAUCGCCAAUUAUCCAAAGUAGUCGACGAGCGCAAUUCCAAAGCCCGCCACCGCCCACAACAACGUUCCUGCCCUGGCAGUAGGACCCGGUGGCAGCUCCUCGAAUCCGCCACCCACGGCCUUCUGCAAACUUUGGUUGCAGCAACAGGAA